UGUUUUUUUUUUGGUAUAAUUAAUCGGAAGGAACGUCCGCUAAGCGUUACAGACUGCAGGUUACUUUCGAUUCUUCCCGACUCUUUAUUGUCCUUCGCAUUACUAUUGCUUCUUAAAAUAAAGUGUGGUUAUAAAAACACUUUUACAUUGAUAAAAUUAUAUUCAACGUCGUGUUGUUGAAUUUAUAACCUCAAAUUGGGCGGUACAGGAAACCAGUUCGAAAAAGCCCGUCAGUGUUUUCUACAGUUAUUAUUUUACACAUAUUUUCAGAUGAUUGAGUAAGUGGAGCUGCAUCUUUGGCGAUAAGCUUUAUAUCCAGCAAAAAUGGCACAAAGGUUUCCUGUGCCCAAUACAGCCAGCAAUGGCCCUCCACCGCAACGGUAUCCGCCACCAGCGGUGCCGCCAAACUUAAGACAGUAUUCUAGUCCUAAUUUUCAAAUGCAACAGAGGUCAGGUUUCACACCUCCACCGCAGAUGGGAACUGGUGGACCCGGACCAGGAGGGAUAUUAAGACCUAAUCAACCGUAUUCGAAUAUGAGGCAAGGACCUAUGUCGACGCCUCCCGGUGGAAAACGAAGCACAGACCAGCGUUUACCCAUGUCACAACAAAAAUCGUAUUUUUGGAACAGUGACUUUUCACAUUCCACAUCUAAGAAGAAGAAAAAAUUAGCCGACAAAAUUCUGCCCCAGAAAGUGCGUGACUUGGUACCGGAGUCUCAAGCUUAUAUGGAUUUACUUGCAUUUGAGAGAAAAUUAGACGCCACAAUUAUGCGAAAACGUUUAGAUAUACAAGAGGCUUUAAAACGUCCUAUGAAGCAAAAGCGCAAGUUAAGGAUUUUUAUUUCCAAUACCUUUUAUCCACCUAAAGAAGCUACUGAGAAUGAAGAAGGUUCGGUAGCAUCGUGGGAACUCAGAGUAGAAGGAAGACUUUUAGAUGAUACUAAAAAUGAUCCCAAUAAGGUAAAAAGGAAAUUUUCAUCAUUUUUUAAAAGUUUAGUGAUAGAAUUGGAUAAAGAUUUAUAUGGACCAGAUAAUCAUUUAGUUGAGUGGCAUCGUACACUGACAACACAAGAGACUGAUGGUUUUCAAGUAAAAAGACCUGGCGAUAAAAAUGUCAGAUGUACCAUUCUCUUACUACUUGAUUAUCAACCUUUACAGUUUAAACUCGAUCCUCGAUUAGCUCGUUUAUUGGGAGUUCAUACGCAAACUCGGCCGGUCAUUAUUUCAGCUCUUUGGCAAUAUAUAAAAACACAUAAGCUUCAAGAUAGCCAUGAACGAGAGUACAUUAAUUGCGAUAAAUAUUUGGAGCAAAUUUUUGCAUGUCCAAGAAUGAAAUUCGCCGAAAUUCCUCAACGCUUAAAUCCCCUUCUCCAUCCACCAGAUCCAAUUGUUAUUAAUCAUGUUAUUAGUGUAGAAGGUACAGAAACAAAGCAAACAGCCUGUUAUGAUAUUGAUGUAGAAGUCGAUGAUACAUUGAAAACACAAAUGAAUAAUUUUUUGUUAUCAACGGCUAGUCAACAAGAGAUUCAAAGUCUCGAUAAUAAAAUUCACGAAACAGUGGAAACUAUAAAUCAAUUGAAAACCAAUCGAGAAUUUUUCCUCAGUUUUGCAAAAGAUCCGCAACAAUUUAUUAAUAAGUGGAUAAUAUCGCAAACGAGAGAUCUGAAAACUAUGACUGACGUUGUGGGUAAUCCAGAAGAAGAACGCAGAGCCGAGUUUUAUUAUCAGCCUUGGGCUCAAGAAGCAGUCUGUCGAUACUUUUAUACUAAAGUUCAACAGAAGCGAGCAGAGCUCGAACAAGCACUUGGAAUAAGGAAUUCUUAAAAUAUAUAAAAUAAAUCUUUAGCUUUAGUUAUACAUAAUAUGUUCUCUUUAUAAAGCUUAAGGAUCAAUUCUACCUUGGCAAUUGUCUGUGUCAGACAAAUAAUUUUGUAUGUAUUUUAAAGUCGUAGUGUAUGAACGCGUGAUUGAAUGGAUUCUGUGUAAAUUAAAUUAAUUUUGAUUCAUUGAAUUGUAAAUCGUCAAUAUCUUGUAUGAUUGUCACAGUUUCCUCUAAUAUAAGCCUAUAAGAAA